UGGGAUGCGCUUACGUCACCUUUCGUGUAACGCUGAUCUCUCGAGUCAGAAGACCAAACAAAACCGGGGAAACUUUCUACUAUCUACUACCGAUUUCGAACUCUGUUUUGUAGUGUGGAAACAAAAGGAUAACUAAGAAACCCGGGGAGUUCGGUGAUCUUGAUUGUUCUGGCAAAAUCUUCGCUCGAUCGUCGUCACUCCCCGUUCAGGAUCCGAGAACGGAACGGAUAUUCUGUUCCGACAAGAAAUAUCGGUAAAAAGAAAGCACGAUGGCGUUCAGGUCGCAACCUGUGCAAGAGGAGGUGGAGCUGGAGGUUCUCGCCGAAACGGAACUGUCCAGGUUGAAACGGCAGUAUCGAAUAAUGGAAAAUGACAGAGCGACUUACGCGGAGGAUGCGAGGCUGCAGCUGAGGAAUCAGCAGAAUAUGAUAAAUCAGCUCGAGAUUGAAAAGGCGGAGUUGAUGCUCGGUAUCAAAACCGCGACGUCGGGCGCCAACAGCAAAAAAGACGAAGCCAUGGGAGAGAAACUCAAGUGUCUGCUCGCCACUCGUACGAAAUACAAAGAAACCAUCGAUAACGAAAGGCAGCAAAUAAACGAACUCGAGGAGCAAAUACUCAAGGUCUCGCGAGAAGUGACGCGAAUGAAGAUGAUCGUGCAAACGGAUAGCCAGUCGAAAGAGCUGGCUGUAAAGCGUAACCGAAUGGUAAACAUCCUGGAGAACCGUUUAGAAGUAGCGACGAAGAGGUUCAACAUGAUCGUUACGGAUAACAAGAGAUUUAGAGAAGAGAUCUCCUCGCUUCUGACCGAGAGGCAGCAAUUUAACGUGCUCUGGCUAAAGCUAAUUGGCCAGUUAAACACUGGAAAACAAGUAAUCAACGAUCUUAUAGAACAGGCAACCGUUACCUUCAAUAUGAGGGACGAAGAAUUGAACAAAUUGCACGCGCUGCGCGAGAGGGGUGCAAGGGACCUCAAAUCCCACACUUCGGAGAUGUGCGAGCUCCAGCGAACGCUCGACAACGAAUGGAAGCUGCAGGAAUUUCUGGGGGUGAAAGGACAAUACCGUGACACGGGUGAUCUGAACACAAAAAAGGAUGCGAAACGGCAAAACAGACACGAUGAAAUGCAGAAGAAAGUCGCCGAUUACACUCACAUCCUCGAACUCAUCAAGCAAUUCACUGGGGAGCAAGAGAUCGACAGACUGAUGACGCACUUCGUCAAACAAGAGGAGGAAAACUUCGCCCUGUUCAGCUACGUGAACGAGCUGAAUGACGAACUGGAGGGUCUUCAGGCCAGGGUGGGUCAGCUGCGAGUCGCCAUUGACGAGGCACGAGCCCUCAAUACACACAGAAGUGAACAGCAGGCACAAACCCUCGACAGGAUAGCGAAGCAGCUGGAGGAACAGACUUCCGUCGCAGCCACCGCGGAGAAGAGUUUGGCCGAGUGCAACGACGUGAUCGAGAAACUCCUCCGUGGAAUCGAGGCGCUGUUCCGUGCGGUCAGGUGCGACAAUUCGCCCAUCCUCGAACUCCUUGGCGACAAUUCUCACGUGACGACGAACAACGUUAUGCUCUAUCUGGGGAUCAUCGAGAAACGAAUCACCGACCUCUUCAAUCAAGUUCACUGGGUCGACAAGGCCAGGAAGGCCCCGAGUCGACUUGACGAAUCCAAAAAACCCCGGCUCAAAGUUCCCGUCUUAUCCCAAAUUGCUCCAACGCAACCUUGUGCUCUGUGCGUGGAGAAGGAGGAAUUACAGAACGUUUCGGAAGGUCUUGAGGCUCCGCUAACGAGGCAAGAAGCGACCGUAAAACUCCAACAACGUUUGGAGGAUGAUUUCAGCGAACUUUUGCACAAUGUAUCCGGCUGUCAUCUGCCAGCCGCAAGAAAGAUUAUGCAAAGGCGUUACCAAUAGGCGAACGCUGAAAAGAAUUUUUAAUGUUCUUCGAGUAAAACUAGCAAGUAAAUUAAUGCAACGAUGAUAAUACCCACUCAAUCAUGAUUCGGUGUUCGAUGUACGAACCUUGGAUUUUUCUGAGAAGUAUAUUUCCUUUUUUUAAUUCUUACUGUGGCUUUUGUUUUUUAAUACUCUUUAUUCUGACGAGAAAUUUUUUUUUCAUAGAAUAACAAGUAAUUUUGUUUUUACACUGUAGUGCGACACAGUUUUGCACGAUCAAUACAUGCGAAAAUUCAGACCAAGUUAGUACUUAUGACUUUUAUCACGCACGCUAAUCUCAAGUGAGGCUUUCAUACACAUGUGACGUAAAUGUGCGUUUAUAUUCAUAUUCUUCGCGAAAC